UAACUACGCGAAAACGUUUCCACAGGUGAUGACUAAUAGCCCAAGUAUCUUAUAAUAACUUUGAAUAUACCUUAAUUCGAAGUUUGUAGGAACGAAGUUAUCGAAAUGCUAUUUUGAAAUAAUCUUUUUGUUUGAGACGUAUCGAUAAUGGUUUGGAGACGUAAAUAUUGCCUAAGUAAAUUAGUAUGAUCAUUUUUCUGGAGCUGGGAGAACUGUAUCAAACAUAAUAUACCAAAUGAGCUGUGAUCAUGCUUAGAAAUGAAGAUUUUUUAGAGAAACAACUUUAAAAGUGCUGACAAUUACAACUACAAGAAUUUUUGAGAGUCGUGAAAUAAUUCUCUUUGGAGGAAGGUGUCUUGUUUGCAGCUUAUAGACCAAUGGAAUUUACCUUCGCCGUUCACUCUUUAUUUCCGACUUUAAUAUCCAAAGUAAAUUGUCAUCUUGAAGUGGAGCCUGUAGCUUCGGUUACACCAGAUCAUAAUGACAAUGUUCAAGAAAUAUUCAGUAACUGUAAAGGGGAAACCAGUUCUCACAACAAACUAUCAAAUGGAAGAUCAGAGAUCCAGAAACUUGAGCAGGUAAUUGAUGCCCUAGGGGAAGCAUCUGGAAAGGCACAGGGGCUACAAACUGCAAUCACAAAUGCCUCGAAGCUUCAAAAUUCAAAUCACUGGAUGUAUAUAAUGAAAAAUUCAGAAAUCAACAAUAGUCGUGGUGCUGUAAUUGGUUUUUUGAAGAUUGGAAGAAAAAAACUUUUCAUUGUUGACGAGUAUGGAGAAAUUCGGGAGCUGUGGCCACUCUGUGUCCUAGAUUUCUACAUACAUGACUCGUGUCAGAGGCAAGGCUAUGGACUUCAGGUUUUUAAAACAAUGCUGAAAGUUGAAGCAGUUUCUCCGGAAGAACUCGCCAUUGAUCGACCUUCUCACCGGUUUUUAGCUUUCUUAAAGAAACAUUUUGGACUUGAAUACACCAUUCCUCAAGCAAACAAUUUUGUUGUAUUUGUAGGCUUUUUCAAAGAGAAACGUGAAAGUGACUCACCUCAAGCAACGCACAAGAAAUCGACUGGGAAAGAACAGCAUAAUUCUGUGAAAAAGUUCUUUUCGAGGAUAAACCAUUCUUUAAAACCAGAACCUGUAAGCAAGAAUUUUAAUUCUUCUGGUGCCGAAGGGUGUCUCCACUGGUGCAGUGACACUCCUUCCAAUACCCCCAAGUCUAGUAAUCAUAGCACUAAUACACCUAAUGAAGCUGAUUCCCAGAAAAAUGAAGAACUUUGUGCUACAAGAAGUCUUGAUGUGAACACUGAAAAAGAAAAUCCCUCAGUUUUGUAAGUGUGUUUUUUCUGUUUACAGAUAUACCAG